GCCACAAGCUACUAGUACUGGAGACCAUCAGUGAGUAAGUUCACGCCAGAGCGGGCGGGGGAGCUCCAAAACGAGUGGUCGCGUCGUCACUCGGAAGACACAAGGCUGCGCAGACUUUUCGCUUUUGUUGCCGGGCUCGUCUUCCCCAUAGUGCUCGCCACACACACUGCGAAUAGCGGAGGGCGGAACUGUAGGAGCUGGGCAGCUGGCCACCAAAUCUAGCGGGGAGAAGUCAGCAACGCAGUGGCAGUGCGGCACUGUGGCGGCGAUGAGUCCUUCCGCCUUUCUACGGGUCCCCGGUCCCAUGGGCGGUCGGCCUAAGCCCAUGACGUCGGGUUCCCCGCCGAGCACUCCACUGCGACGACGCAGCAGGUGCAUCCCUCGUUCCCUCCGCCCGGCCGUCGUCCCUGCUGGGGCCGUUGGCGCCACUGUCUAGCUAUCGAGGGGGCGGUUGCCCCACUCAAAUAUCGAGUGGGGCCAUAUUAAUUUAACAAGCAAUAUUCUAUGUGCGAAUCUCAAUUAUUAAUAAGGUGAAAGUAUCAUCUGUUUAUUAGAUUGGGUACUGGAAUUAGUAUAUGAAGUUUAUUGAGGCAAUAUUCUAUUAUGUUCCCCUCAAGAAAAAAUCUUUCUAUUCAUUUCUUGGAAAAAAAAGUGGGAGAAGCAGUGGUACGCAAGUUCUUGUUAGCACAAGCUGCUAAUGUCUUUGCUCUUUGCUUAGGUUGAAUCUUUUAGCACCGGUUAGGAGAUACCAGGAGUUUGGAAAAGGGGAAGUAAAUCUUGCGAUUCCCCAAAAAAAACUGAAGCAGAUCACAUCGGACACAGAUCCAUUGGCUACUAAUAGCUCCUAAUAUAAUCAUCAAUCAGGGGGAAGAGAUUACUAAAAACCGCAGGAAUGUUAGAAAGCUAGCUCGAGAGCGACGCGAAAGUAACGCACCAUAUAUUGCCUGGUGUGCAUUUGUUGUUCGCUCCCGGGGCACCAGAUCACCACAAGCCAAGCGCGCCAUGGCGUCCCGCGUCCCUCUCGCUUCCCGCCUGCUUCGCCGUCUCUUUAAAUAGCCGAGUUCCUACUUCCUUCUUGUGCGCUUCCUGGCCCUAACUCGGCGCGGAUCAAUGUCCGACUACGGCGGACCGGCCUCGCCGCGGACGGGGAAGCACCCCUUCUACCGCGGCAUCCGGAGCCGCAGCGGCAAGUGGGUGUCGGAGAUCCGGGAGCCGAGGAAGACGCGCCGCAUCUGGCUCGGCACCUUCCCGACGGCCGAGAUGGCCGCCGUGGCCUAUGAUGUGGCCGCGCGCGCGCUGCGCGGGCCCGACACGGCGCUCAACUUCCCGGACCUGGCCGCGUCACGCCCCGCGCCCGCGUCCACCUCAGCGGACGACAUCCGCGCCGCCGCCGCGGAGGCCGCCGCGGCGCUGCAGGAGCCCGAUCGCCGGCCGGCCCGCGGCAUUGCUCCUGCGGCGGCCCGUGGAGGCGCGCAGCAGCAGACGGCCGGCGGGAGCAGCGGCGCGGCGGCGCAGCAGGAAGGGGGCGGCAGCGGCGCGGGGACCCAAUACUACCUGGACGACGAGGCGCUCUUCGAGACGCCGCAGUACCUGCGCAACAUGGCCGCCGGGAUGAUGCUGAGCCCCCCGAGGCUCGGCCGCAACUCCUCCGACGACUCGCCCGACCCGUCGGAGGCCGGGGACAGCCUCUGGAGCUACCGUGAUCCGUAGAUCGAUGCCGGUAAUGGCGAAUUGGCGAAUGCUGUAAUAAUGGAUGUGGUGACGGAACUAAUACGGUCUACUACAACGGCUGCUGCUGCCUGCAGCUACUACACUCCUACUGAACCUGGAAGCUGAGAAGAAUGAUGUGGAGAGGUAAGGAGAGAGGUACAUACUGGUCCUAUCCAGUCCAGCCGCCAUGUGUGUACAGUGGGAUAGCUUCAGUCUUCCGCCGGAAGCCCGGCAGAUGCAGUGUAUCUUUCACUUCUCUCCUUUUACCCGUAGGCCGUGUUUAGUUAUUUACAUGUAAAAAUUUUGUGUUGGAAUUUUGCUAAUUUAAAAUACUAAAUGAAGUCUAUUUACAAA